AUGAGCACUACAACGAGAAGGCAGGAAAAGAAAAAGGGAGUUGCCGAGUCCGUCGCCAAUUCGGACUUUGACGUCAAUAUCCUCCACGACCCGUUUGAAAACCCAAAUAUCGACUUGAAGUUCCCCUUGCCGAUAGAUAAGGAGACCUAUGUCGACGUGGAGGACAAUUACGAGUCCUUGGGCCAGUCGUUUAACAUUUUGAACUCGGCGAUAAGGAUGAUUCUCGGGUAUGGCGCCAAUUACGACGAGAUUUACUCCAAGAAUGAGUACAAGUACUUUCUCAACAAGCACUCGGACGAGUUUAAAACAAAAUUCAAAAACUACAUGAACAGCAAGUUGGAAAAAGAUGACACCAAGUUGGACGAAAUUGUCUAUGACUUAAUCAAUCAGGAAUUGAAUAUGAAGUUGAUCGAGGCCAAGGACUUUAAAGCUAGAUUCAAAGAAGUCAAGAAGUACAUGGUGGAAUUUUACAAGCAAAAUAAUGAAAAAAAUUUGCCAACCUUCCCCUCGCACAAUUUUGUUAGAUCUGCUUACCUCACGGUGAUGACAAUCAUGAGAAGGUUGUUCCCCAAGGGGAUCUGGGUCUCGAACCAGGACAUUUCCAAUUUAUACCAAAAAUACCUCGAGGACCCCAUGAGUAUCAUUUGGACCCCGUCGCAUCAGUCGCAUUUGGACUAUAUCAUCUUGCACUUAAUCUGCGUCCGGUUCCAAAUGGCGACCCCAGCGGUUAUCGCUGGUGAAAACUUAAAUGUUGCCGUUGUCGGUGGCUUGUUAAAAGGGUUGGGUGCCGUUUUCAUUCCUAGAACUUUUAAUAAUGAAUUAUACACCGAGCGGAACCUAAACAAUGUCAUGGAGUUUUUACUAAUCAACAAGAUCCCAUUUGAAGUGUUUAUCGAAGGUACUCGUUCAAGAGAUGGCAAAUUGUUACUCCCCAAAUACGGGAUUUUGAAAAGUUUGGUUUCUAUUUAUUUAAAACAACGAUUUGAAGAACACAACCCAAAAUUCAAUAUGUUGUUCCAACCAGUUGCCGUGACAUAUGAACGUGUUUACGAAAAUGACGAGUUUUUAAAAGAAUUGAAAGGUGACGACAAGAAGCAAGAGAGUUUGUUUGGAAUAUUAUCGGUUGCCGGAAGUGCUUUUAGCAACAAGAAAGAUGUCAUUAUACGCGACAAGCAAGGUUUCACCGAUAACAGCACCAGGAAAUUGACGGGUAAGAUUUUUCUCAAGUUGGGUGAAAGUUUUACUCUUGAACGAUUUAUUGAUAAUCCUGAGAUUAGGCAUGAAAAAGACGUAAACUUGAAGAAAUUGGGAUUCACCAUUUUACACGAAAUCAAUAGAAACUCCUUUCUUCCAGAAGUUUCCAUUGUAGGAACUGCAUUACAGGCGUACAAUUACUUUGCCAAUAAGGCCAUCUUUUCGGUGCAAGAGUUGAUCCCCGUGUACAGGAUCGUUGUUGAGGCCUUGUUGAGAGAAAAUGAGUCGUCAAAGACCAACAAAAUCAUUUUGCAAAACAUGUUGAAGUUUUCCGAUGCUGAGUUAUCGAGCUUGAUUAUCGAGCAAAUCACCAAUUUCUUUAGACACAUCAAGGUGAAUGAUACAAAGAACCUUAUCAGAAUCGAGUCUCCCAUUGAGCUACUUUACUACAAGAACUUGACCAUUCACUUGAUCAUCCAAAGAUGUCUCGUUAUGUACAUCAUCACCUUGCUUAACGGGACCGAGCAUUGCAACAGGAGAAUCAUUGGCAAAUUAUUUUACAUCCUCACUGGUUUCCUUAAAAACGAGUUUCUUUUCGACUAUGAUGAAAAUGAGAGAAACGGCAUGUCGUUUAUCAUCCAGGAUCUCACUGACCUUGGCGUGAUUUCCAAAUCCAAGGCGGAAGACUCUGAAUAUGCCAUAUACACCAUCGAUGACCCCAACUUUGUUAGACUAUUUGCCAACUUGGCUCAACCAUUUUUGGAGUCGUAUGUCGUUUUGAUUACCAACAUUUUGGAAAUGACUAGCAACUUGGCCAGCAACUAUGCUAGAGCCAAGCAACAACAAACGCACGAUCAAAUCAUUCUUGACGACGACGAAUUGAAGUAUCCAACAACAAAGGGUCUUCUCAAAUACAUCAUUGCCCAACUGCGGAAAAAGGCGCAGUUCCAAUCACUCGAGUCCAUCAACAAGCAGUACUUGGUGAGCGACUUGUACUACCUCAACAAUUUACAAUUGAUCAAGAUCUUCAAGAACAAGGCCAAGACCAAGGCGUUUGUCCAGAUUUUGAACCCUAGAGAUUUGCAAGUUAUCAAUAGGUUUUUGAUCCAGUUGUUGCAUGUCAACACCGAGGAAAAGAAUCUCUUGACCGACGAAAUCAAUGUUAACUAUGUUAUCGACAUUACUAAUAAGAACUUUGAAAGGGACAUAGGCGAGUUGGAAAGAGUUUCAAAAUUGAGAGGUAGUAAGAUAUAA